GCAACACCUUCACGUCUUCUGCUUCCAGAAGUGCCCUACUGGAUAGAAAAUAAAAUAAAUAAAUAACAAUUUUUUAAAAAAGAAAUAAAGAAAACGGGCCACCAGACGGAGAUGAGGAAGUGUUGAUAAAAGCAACGAAACAAUGGAUGACUGAAAAAAAGAAAUACUGACUGCUUAAGUUUUUCCCGGGAGCGCAGCGCCACAUCACUGUCUGACUUUUUUACGCAUUUUUUUAAAACUCGAAUUAUUUUCUGUCAUCUUUCCUGGCAAAAAAAAGGAGACAACGUUUUGUUUGGAUUCUUCCCUCUGAAGACUACACAGACUACCUUUCGGAGGAUUUUAUUAUUUUAUUUUCGAUAUUUUUAAAGACAGAAAAUCCGGCCAGAGAUAAAUCCUUCUUCUCCAGAGACGCGUGUUGGGGAUGUUGAGUUCUGUGAAGAUGGAAGCCCAUGAUAUACCAGAGUGGAAUACUUUCUACAGCGAGGCCAGCGAGAUGUAUUCCUCUCCCAGCACCAUGAACUCUGGUCUGGGCUCUAUGAGUUCUAUGGGAACCAUUAACAGCUACAUCAACCUGAACCCGGCCACCGCCUCCCCAGCGGGUAUGAACAUGGCGUAUCCCAGCUCCAGCCUCAGCAGCUCCCCGUUGGCCUCCAUGAGCUCCGCGCCGGGCCACAUGUCCCUCUCCCCGGUGGCCUCGUCCCUCAGCUCCGGCUCUCUAACCCAGCUGGGCCCCGCUGCUCCGGGCCCGCUGGGCUCUUUGUCCCACUACCAGAACAUGGGCCAGUCUAUGGGCCAGCUGGGGUACGCCCCCAGCACCACCCUGAGCCGGGCCGGCCCCAAGGAGAUGCCUCCCAAACCCUACCGCCGCUCCCUGACCCACGCCAAGCCGCCAUACUCCUACAUCUCCCUCAUCACCAUGGCGAUCCAGCAGAGCGGCAGCAAGAUGCUCACGCUGAACGAGAUCUACCAGUGGAUCAUGGACCUGUUCCCCUACUACCGCGAGAACCAGCAGCGUUGGCAGAACUCCAUCCGCCACUCGCUGUCCUUCAACGACUGCUUCGUGAAGGUGGCCCGCUCGCCGGACAAACCGGGCAAAGGCUCCUACUGGACGCUGCACCCGCAGUCGGGCAACAUGUUCGAGAACGGCUGCUACCUGCGGCGCCAGAAACGCUUCAAGAUCGAGGACAAGAUGGCGAAGAAGGCCGGCAAGAGCCAGGAGGGGGGUUCUGGGAAAGGAGGCCACAGCGAGCACCUGGUGGAGGACCGGAGCCCCACGGGGGGAUCGGAGGGAGCCGACUCGGCCCACUCAGACAACUCCCACCCGGGCUCCUCGGACGACCAGCCUCACCCCAGGAACACCCUGGUUCCUUUAGACUGCCCUCCGCUGACCUCCUCACACCUCCACAGCCCACCCGUCUCCCUUCCUCCAUCCUCCUCCACCUCCUCCUCCAUCCCUCCGUCCUCCUUGUCCCUCUCGGGCGCCUCCACGGCGUCCAACCCGCUGCUCCACUCCCAGUCUCUGGCCGGUAGCUCCCACCUCCUGCCCAGCGCCAUGCAGCAGCACAUGGACCUACAGAACGAGGCCCUCAAGUCGCUGGACCCCCACUACAACUUCAACCACCCGUUCUCCAUCACCAACCUCAUGUCCAACGAGCAGAAGAUGGACCUCAAGUCCUACCAGGACCAGGUCAUGGCCUACAACAGCUACACCAGCGGCUCUCCGGUGGGGGCCAAGCAGAUCUACGACAGCCCGGGUCCGGCCGCCAUGGACUCCGGCGCUUAUUACCAAACUCUGUACAGCCGCUCGGUGCUCAACGCCUCCUAAUGUGGACGCUGGCACCCGUCCGCUGAGGUGAACCAAGAUGGAGACUUCUGUUUCUAAAAUGGACACCCGACCUCUCGCUAUCUUCCUCUUUCUUUCCCUCUCUGGCUCACGUCCAGCGGCCUUGACAGAGACUCACAUCUAAAAUGGCCGCCGUGUUUGAGGGACCAAAGAACAUUUUUCUUUUCCAAACAAGGAGACUGGCUGGUUACAUGGAGGACAGAAAAAAAGUGAUUCGUAAGUCAGAUCCCAAAAAGAGGUUUGUAUAAAAUGUAAAUAGAGGCAAUGUUGAGGAAGGGGGAGAAAGGAUAUUUGCAUUUAUUUAUGAAGGGAAUAAAUUUUAAUAUAUCUCGUAUAGCGCUCUGUCGACCAGUUACAACCCAAAUGUGAGGCUUUUCUUUUUUCUUUUUUUAAACCGAGAAGUUUCAGGUUACUGCUUCAGGCAGGUGUUACUGCAGAGGGAGACAGUUAAAUUCAUGGUUUUUUGUGUGUGUUACAGCAUUUCUGAUCAGGAGCUCAUGAAGUUGGUUGAUAUGAAGAAGAAUAAAAAAAGAAGUAAAGAUAAAAGACAAAGCAACUGUGGUAAAAACAGAAAAAAGAGAAGAAAGUUCUGAUGUGUUUCUCACGACUCAAACUACUUUAUUUCCUACAUGAAAGCAGUAAAAGUGGAUGUAUUUUUACAGACUAGCAGCUGGUGAGGUGCAUGCAGUUGGUUACUAAAACAGAGGCGGGAGGAGUGAUGCACUAUGGGAGGAUUUACAUACAGUACUUUGCACUAUGGAGCUCCCACUGGCCAGGUGGGCUGAUAGUGUGUGUGUUUGUGUGUGUGAGUGUGUUACAACAAUACUUCGGAACGCCCUCCUUUACACUGUCAAUGCAUCGGCUCAAUGGGGAUCAGCGUAACGAUGUCAAAGGGUGUCGGAUGACCCUCGGAGAAAAAAAAAAGGAAAAAAAGUGCCUUUUCUUCAAACGACUGCUGAUCUGAUAAGAGAUCAAUAUAUCGAUCUGUUGAAGGAUUCCUCCGUGCAAACCACAGAGGACGCAGAAGUUUCAGGUCACAUGUUGUGGAACAUUUAGAUUUUUAAAAGAACGGUCUUUUUAUUUAAGCUACGUUUCUCUUUCGACCUUUGAAAGUGUGCUGAUAUAAUAUAUUGUUUUUUUGUUGUUGUCGUUUCUGUCGGUUUAAACGUGAUUAAAAUGAUUCAUGUUUCAUUUUUUCUUAUUAAAAAGGCAAAAAAUGUGGGGAGAAA